AUGGGUAGCAUCGGCCAUGGCGAGAACUAUAUUCUCGACUCGACGGUCAACACUUCUUGUUUCGGCUACAGAAUGGCUACACCAUCGAUCCCCGAAUCCCUAUCAGUCCAAACACUAAGAUUGCAGAGAUGGGCACAGGAACUGGCCUCCCAGGUUCCCUCAACCGUUCAACUGGACGGCUUCGACAUCUCAGACGAACAGUUCCCCAACCAGUCCAGCCUCCCUACCAACAUGAGUCUGAGCGUCAUGGAUGCUUUCGCUGAAGUACCUGAGAAGCACCGUGGCAAAUACGAUGUUGUGCACAUGCGGCUCUGGUGCGCCGUCGUUCAGGGAGGAGAUCCAUCUGCCUUGAUUAGGCAUGCCACCCAGUUGCUGAAACCUGGCGGCUACCUGCAGUGGGAGGACUGCGAUCCCAGUCCGCACCACAUGGUCAUGAAAGGCGUAGAGGUCGAGGCCCUGUACUCGUACUUUUCCCGAAUUCACAAAGCAUUUAACAUUAAUCACUCGUGGCUCGAGAAUCUACCCACCCAUACAAACAACGCCGGUCUCGAGGUGGUCCAGUUCACGAUGAGACCCUUUUCACAAUCUUGUGUCCCCAUUGUCACAAAUUCAUUCCUCAUGCUCCACAUUGGGCUUUUGAAUGCUGCCUACAGGGCUGGUCUUCCGUUCUUGCCCCCUCGUGAGGAGGCCGAUAACGUGCUGGCUGGGGCACUCGAUGCUGUGAAGAAUGGAGGAUCGUACCACUACACUACGCUGGCCUUGUUGGCGCAAAAACCUUUAUCUUCAUAG